AUGGGUGACCGCCAGCCCCAGGACGCCUCGAGCGUCGACACAGAUUUUGAAAAGACCCAUCCGGAGAAAACGCCCGUGGAUGCGUUCGAGCAAGGCCCGGCAGAGACACCCUCCCCACCUGACGAUGCGGAGAACACGAUGGAGAAGACCACAACAGGCCCGGCUCUGGAUCGCACACCUUCUCAAGCGGCCAAGAUGGGCAAGAAGAAGAUUAUUGUCGUGAUGACAGCUCUAUGCUUGGUUUUAUUCCUUGCUGCUCUCGAUAUGACUAUUAUUUCCACUGCGCUACCGGUUAUUGCCUCACAGUUCAAUGCCUCCGAGAGCGGGUACUCAUGGAUUGCUUCAUCUUAUCUCUUGGCAAAUGCUGCUUGUAUUCCACUGUGGGGCAAGCUGAGUGACAUCUGGGGUAGAAAGAAUAUCAUCUUGCUUGCCAAUGUUGCCUUCCUUGUUGGCAGUCUGAUCUGCGCCCUGGCGAAGAAUAUGGCCAUGAUCGUGGCGGGUCGUGCCGUUCAAGGUGUUGGUGGCGGUGGUAUCAUUAUCCUCGCCAACAUCAGUGUCACUGAUAUGUUCAGUGUGAGAGAUCGACCCAUGUAUUACGGUCUCUUUGGAGCGACUUGGGCUAUUGCAGGUGCAUUGGGACCAGUCAUUGGCGGUGCCUUUUCUGGUAGUUCUGCAACCUGGAGAUGGUGUUUCUACCUCAACCUUCCUAUCGGUGGAAUUUCCUUCGUUAUUUUGACCUUGUUCCUUCAAAUUGAAUCUCCCAAGACUCCGCUCAUUGCAGGUCUGCGUACUAUCGACUGGGCAGGCACCUUCUUGAUCAUUGGUGGCACUCUGAUGUUCCUCUUUGGACUGGAAUUCGGAGGCGUGAAGUACUCAUGGUCCUCAGCCACUGUCAUCUGUCUCAUCGUUUUCGGCGUCGUCGUCUGGGCUCUGGCAAUGUUCAGCGAAUGGAAGAUCGCCAAGUUCCCUAUCAUUCCUCCCCGACUGUUCAACGAGUGGUCUAACGUCCUCAUCCUCUGCGUCUGUUUCUGUCACGGCUUUGUCUUCAUCUCCGGUACCUACUACCUGCCGCUUUACUUCCAAACCGUCCUUCUGGCGACUCCCGUCAUGAGUGGUGUCUACGUCUUGCCAAUGGUCCUAUCUCUCGCGAUUACCUCCGCAGCUACCGGUAUCGUCAUGAAGAAGACAGGCCGCUUCCGCGAGUUGAUCGUGGGAGGCAUGUUUAUGAUGGUUCUCGGAUUCGGUCUAUUCAUCGACCUCAAGCCCUAUGCCUCAUGGCCUCGCAUUAUCAUCUUCCAGCUGAUUGCCGGUUUCGGAAUUGGUCCCAAUUUCCAGUCCCCGCUCGUCGCCUUCCAGGCCAACAUCCGCCCCUCAGACAUGGCCACAGCAACCGCCACCUUUGGAUUCAUCCGUCAACUCUCCACAUCCAUCUCUGUCGUUUUGGGAACAGUCAUCUACCAAAACAUCAUGGGUCAACAAUCCGACCAGCUCAUCGCCGCCAUCGGGCCCGAAACCGCCGCUUCCAUCUCUGCUUCUUUCGCAGGCGCUUCCAAGUCCCUCAUCGAGAGCCUCACCGCCUCCCAGCGCGAGGUUGUCCUCGGUGCCUACACCCACGCCCUGAGCCGCAUGUGGAUCUUCUACACUGCCGUCGCUGGCGUCGGCUUUAUUCUUUCUCUGUUCAUUCGUCCCCGUGAGCUGAGUCGCCAACACACAUUCCAGAAGACUGGUCUCGCUGAGCAAGAGCGGGCCCGCCAGGAACGACUCGACGAAGAGCGCAAGGCUCAGUUGAAGCCUGAAGUUGAGGUCUAA